AUGUCGGAUCAAUUAAGUUCUCUCGUAUCCCAAAAGUCGUCUGACUCGGGCCUCCAUAUCCAACUGCACCCUUUGAUCCUCCUCACAAUCUCCGACCACAUUACCAGGCAUGCCGCACGGUCGCAGAGAGGACCCAUUCUCGGAGCUCUACUCGGCCAACAGAACGGACGUGAGAUAACACUAGAGCAUGCAUUCGAAUGUAUUGUGGAAGAAGGACCAAACGGCGACCCUCAACUACCAAACGAAUGGUUUAACGAAAGAGUCAAACAAUUCAAGGAUGUACACAAAGCCCCUGCGCUUGAUCUUGUUGGGUGGUGGUCAACGGCUCCCCCAUCCGGUCCAAACAUAACUCAUCUCCCGAUUCAUCGCCAAAUCCUCCAAGACUACAACGAAUCCGCAGUGUUUCUCGCAUUCCAUCCAUCUCAGGUGGAGGGCGCGUCGGCAAACGGUGGUAAACUACCACUAACGAUCUAUGAGAGCGUCUACGAGGGCGAUAAUGCCGCCGAAAGCGAGAAAACGAUGCAGGUGGACGGCGAAGAACAGUCACUGAGCAUACGAUUCCGGGAGCUGCCAUAUUUUGUGGAAACCGGGCAGGCCGAAAUGAUAGGCAUCGAUACUGUUGCUAGAAGUGCGAGAAACGCGGCUGUUGAUGGCCCGACUACACUCUCUUCUGGUCAAAGUGCACUGAAUAAGAAAGACAAUAGUAAAGAACAGUCGACAGAUUCUACCGUGCUGUCACCGGAGGAAGAAGAAUUAAUCGCCAGCCUCAACACCCGACUAAAUGCGAUCCGGACCCUAGAAACCCGGAUCUCGCUGAUAAAAUCAUAUGUCGCCAGUAUAUCCCCAGCAUCUGAAGGCAGUAAUGAACAGAAGGCAACAACAUCAACAGCGACUCUAUCUCUUCCGAUUCUCCGAAACAUCAACUCCCUCCUCUCACACUUAUCUCUCCUCAACCCACAAGAGCAAAGCGCCUUCUCAGCCGAAGUUCUCGCCCAGAGCAACGAUGUUCACCUAGUCGCGCUCCUCGGCCAACUAAGCAAUAGUAUCAAUACUAUGCGGGAACUAGGAAAGAGGACCGCUAUUCUCAAUAGCAUAAGGAGAAGUAACGUCUCUCGAAAGACACAAAUGGCCAUGCAAAGUCGAUUCGAGGAAGAGUUCUUCGCCCGUGAUGGUCUUGCGCAGGGGUGA